AAUUUCUCAAUUUUAGAUUUACAUCUUCCAUUGACCUCUCCUUCAAGCUCAAUGUGGAUGUACCUCCAUUACACUAGAUCUCUCACCAGCUCGUCAACGGUUCAUGUGUGAGAAAAACCCAAAAGUUUGAUCCUUUGGUUUUCUGGGCACUACUUUGAGAAUAACCCACGUUUCUCCAAUUUCGAAUUUCUGAUCAAAGCCUCCGUUUUUGGAUGAAAUUAUCAAGUUUGAUUCCUUGAGUUUCUGGGUUUGCCUGUAAGCCAUCUCUGUUUCCUAUUUUGAUAUUCAUCAAAUUCAUAUUAGACCCUUUUUUGUAUUAUUUCCGAUUGUAUAAUCUCUAUAGUCCCUUAUUCAUGUACUUUGCUUGUUUUUGUUUCGAGUGUGGAAUAAAUCAACUUCUACAGUAGUUAUCACAAAGAAGUUAAGAAUAGUAGUACUAUUGAGAGAUUUUCCAAGUUCAGGAUAUUUGCCAUUUGGUGUAAAACCAAUUUGAUUUUAGAAAGUACUGAGUAUGCUUAGGUUGUUGACACAAUGUCAAUUCUCUGUGGCUUGCCUCUUGUUGAAUGUGUGUAUUGUAUAGCUUGUGUUCGUUGGGCUUGGAAGAGAUGUCUUCAUACUGCAGGCCAUGACAGUCAAACUUGGGGGGUUGCUACAACAGAAGAAUUUGAGCCUGUUCCGCGUCUUUGUCGAUAUAUUUUAUCUGUGUAUGAAGAAGAUCUUCGAAGCCCUCUUUGGGCACCUCCUGGUGGUUAUGGAAUUAACCCGGAUUGGUUAUUACUUAGAAAGACGUAUAAAGAUACACACGGGAGGGCUCCGCCGUAUAUUCUGUAUCUUGAUCAUGAUCAUGGGGAUAUAGUUCUUGCUAUAAGGGGACUGAAUUUGGCGAAGGAGGGUGAUUAUGCUGUUCUGUUGGAUAAUAAAUUGGGGAAGAGAAAGUUUGAUGGGGGAUAUGUUCAUAAUGGACUGUUGAAAGCUGCUGGGACGGUUUUGGAUGCUGAGUGUGAUAUUUUGAGGGAUUUGGUAGAGAAGUAUCCGAAUUAUACUCUUACUUUUGCUGGACAUUCGCUUGGAUCGGGAGUAGCUGCAAUGUUGAGCAUGGUGGUUGUGCAGAAUCGGGAUAGACUUGGAAACAUUGAGAGGAAGAGAGUUAGGUGUUAUGCUAUUGCUCCUGCUAGGUGUAUGUCGCUUAAUUUGGCAGUCAGAUAUGCGGAUAUCAUAAACUCUGUUGUGCUUCAGGAUGACUUCUUACCACGGACAGCCACCCCAUUGGAAGAUAUAUUCAAAUCUCUGUUAUGUUUGCCGUGCUUGUUGUGCUUGAAGUGCUUGAGGGAUACAUGUAUAUCGGAGGAGAAGAUGCUGAAAGAUCCAAGGAGACUAUAUGCACCUGGUCGCCUUUACCACAUUGUUGAGAGAAAGCCUUUCAGAUGCGGAAGGUUUCCUCCAGUUGUGAAAACGGCAGUGCCAGUAGAUGGAAGGUUUGAGCAUAUAGUUCUUUCUUGCAACGCUACAUCAGAUCAUGCCAUUAUUUGGAUAGAGAAAGAGGCUCAAAGGGCUUUAAAUUUGAUGCUGGAGAAAGAUAAUACCAUGAAAGUACCUGCGAAGCAAAUCAUGGAGCGCCAGGAAACAAUGGACAGACACAACCAAGAGUACACAGCAGCAUUACAAAGGGCGAAAACGUUACAUGUUCCACACGCUUUUAAUCCACCAUCACAAUACGGAACUUUUGAUGAUGAGGGAGAGGAGAGUUCGAGAAAGUCAGAAGCCGAGUUUUCUGUUAGUUCAACCAAUAAGAGUAGGGCAGACGAAAGCUGGGAUGCAUUGAUUGAGCGUCUUUUUGAUAAGGAUGAACAUGGAAAAAUGGUGUUCAAGAGAUGAAUGAUGAUAGUGUAAUUUAUAUGUAUUAAAUAUGAAUUAUAAUUAUUGUCAUGAACUAAAAUUCAUUCAUUCUUUUGUGAUUUUUGGUAGAUAUAAGAGGAAAUAACAUAGACGGAAGAUUGGUGAGUUUUGUACUGUAGAAAUUGUUGGGAAUCACUUCUCUUAUGCUUCAUAUAUGUAAGGAUACUCUUGAAGUAAAUGUGCGUGAAUGCACUUUCUCUGUUCA